CAGUGCUGCGUUCGCUCGCUCAGCCCACCUCUCAAGCAUGCCGGAGUACGGCCUAGGAAUCCGUCCAUACAUUCAUAUAUACAUCCAUACCUCCCACAAGCAAGCCUCCGUCUUACCCAUUUCGAAAGCGGCCUACUCCUCUCUUCUAACUUUACCAACUAGGUACCUAACCAAGCAUUCCUAACCAACUCAAUUGCCCUUCAACUGGUGCAGCCGCCCAUCCUCCCGACAAUCCGCUCGCUACCUACCCCGACAUCACCUACUAGUAGCCAACCAGACCGCUCUGGCGCGAAUUAACGGCAGCCCUACCAACCUAAGCACCUAGAGCUCUUCAAAAACAAACAACUUGAAAAAGCAUUAAAAUGGCACACUCACUCAAGGGACCAACGCCACAAGAGCACGACGGUAGCGGCCUACGCAUCGGCAUCGUGCACGCGCGCUGGAACACCACCAUCAUCGAGCCUCUAGUCAAGGGCACCAAAGACAAGCUGCUCGGCCUCGGCGUCAAGGAGUCCAACAUCGUCGUACAAUCCGUCCCCGGCUCAUGGGAGCUUCCCAUCGCCGUCCAGCGCAUGUACGCCGCCUCGCAGAUCCAACAAUCCAGCAGCGGCAGCUCCUCAGCGGGCGACCUGCUCGGCGGGUCAACAACCGACCUAACCUCACUCCCGAACCCAUCGUCAACGCAGCCCUUCGACGCCAUCAUCGCCAUCGGCGUGCUGAUCAAAGGCGAGACCAUGCACUUCGAGUACAUCGCAGAUGCCGUAUCGCAGGGUCUAAUGCGCGUCGGUCUGGACCUCGGGAUCCCGGUUAUUUUCGGCGUGCUGACCGUCCUCGACGAGACGCAGGCGAAGGCCCGCGCGGGCCUCACCCCGGACGGCCACAACCACGGCGAGGACUGGGGUUCCGCUGCCGUCGAGCUGGGUGUCAAGCGCGGCGCCUGGGCUCGGGGAAAGAUCGAGUAAGGCUGUUGAUGUGUCUAGGAGGUAGUUAGGGAAUGCUUGAAUGCCAACGGUAAAAUAAAACAAAAUAAAUAAAAGGAAUGAAAAUAGCUGGAGGUAAAUACGAAAGGCAGUAAAAAGAAGAAAAGAUGCAAAAAAUCAGGCAGGGUACGGGUUGCUUGGCUAGGUAGUCGGAUGGUCUGUGUAAAGCUGGGACAACGCCGCGAAGAUGCAUGACAGGUCCGUAGGGAGGGUGGGUGAAGGGUAGCUAAACUCGUAGGCUGCCCGAAUAACAUGAACGAAAGCUAUUGCGUUGAAUCUAUAGCAAAUAUAAGAAAACAAUUGUG